AUGGUGGAUAUGGCUAUGUUCCCGGCCUUAAAGCCAGGAGUGAGGAAUCUUCCAGACACUUUCAAUGAGGCCAAACUCAACACUUUUAGCAUGCUGAUCUUCUGUGCUGUGUGGGUGGCCUUUGUCCCUGCUUAUGUCAACUCACAAGGCAAAUAUGAAGAUUCAGUAGUGGUGUUUGUCAUAUUAGCCUCCAGAUGUGUUGUGUCCUCCCCUAUUUAUUCCUCAUCUUGCCGGUUACAGGGACAGUUUCAUUUAAAUGAGAUGCACAAGGCUGGAGAUGUGGUUCUUGGGGGUAUAUUUCGAAUCCAUUUCUUCUCUGUGUUUCCUGACCUGUCUUUUACCUCAGAGCCACCACAGCCUACCUGCCACGGUUUUGAUGUUGUAGGAUUUAGGAUGGCUGAGACAAUGGCUUUCGCCAUUGAUGAGAUCAACAGAAACUCCAACCUGCUGCCUAAUGUGACUCUGGGAUACAGUCUUUAUGAUAACUGUUUCAAACUAGGGAUUGGAUUUCGUGCAGGAUUAUCCGCAGUCAGUGGUCAAGAGGAGCGUUUUAUAUUAGAAGAUACCUGUGCAGGAACCCCUCCGGUCAUAGGGAUUGUGGGAGAUUCUUCGUCUACACAUUCUAUUGCAAUCUCAUCUGUCCUAGGUUUGUACAGAGUGCCUAUGGUGAGUCAUUUUGCCACAUGUUCCUGUCUGAGUGACCGGCAGAAGUUUCCAUCCUUCUUUAGGACAAUCCCAAGUGAUGCUUUCCAGGUGAAGGCUAUGAUUCAGAUUAUGAAGCGUUUUGGCUGGACUUGGGCAGGUUUGCUGGUCAGUGAUGAUGACUAUGGACUCCACGCUGCUCGAUCCUUCCAGUCUGACCUGGCACACUCUGGUGGAGGUUGUCUUGCUUACUUAGAGGUGUUACCAUGGGGCAAUGACAGAGAUGAGCUAAGGAGGAUCGUGGAUGUGAUGAAGAAAUCCACAGCUCAUGUGGUCAUUGUGUUUGCGCAUGAGAGUUAUAUGAUUAACCUCAUGGAAGAGGUGGUGAGGCAGAAUGUGACAGGCCUGCAGUGGAUGGCCAGUGAAUCUUGGACAGCUGCUACUGCCCUCCAGACCCCUGACCUCAUGCCAUACCUGGCUGGCACACUUGGCAUUGCCAUCCGUCGAGGAGAAAUACCAGGCUUCAGGGAAUUCCUCCAACAAAUACGUCCUGACCCACACCAUAACAACAGCUAUGGAAAUAACAUAGUAAACCAGUUUUGGGAAUUCACAUUUCAAUGUAAAUUCACACCACCUCCAGCAGGCUGGGUAGAGGCCGGGGGAACAUUAUGUAAUGGAAAGGAAAAUCUAGAGGAUGUGGAGACUGAGUUGUUUGAUGUUUCCAAUCUCAGGCCAGCGUAUAAUGUGUACAAAGCUGUGUAUGCGCUGGCUUACGCCCUUGAUGACCUGCUGCAGUGUGAGCCAGGGAGAGGGCCUUUCAGUGGGCACAGCUGUGGCAAUUUGAAAAGACUGGAGCCAUGGCAGCUAGUGUAUUACUUGGAAAAAGUCAACUUCACUACGACAUUUGGUGAUCAAGUGUCAUUUGAUGAGAAUGGUGAUGCCUUAGCGAUCUAUGACGUCAUGAACUGGCUGUGGCUCCCUGAUGGAACAACUGAAGUUCAAAAUGUGGGUGAGGUCAAGAGGUCGGCUUCCAAAGGUGAAGAAUUCAUAAUUGAUGAAGACAAAAUCUUCUGGAACUUUGAAUCAAAAAAGCCACCCCAGUCAGUGUGCAGUGAAAGCUGUCCUCCAGGUACCCGCAUGGCCAGAAAGAAAGGAGAACCUGUGUGCUGUUUUGACUGCAUUCCUUGUUCAGAGGGGGAGAUCAGCAAUAAAACGGAUGCCAUGGGGUGUACCAGCUGUCCUGAGGACUUCUGGUCCAGCCCCCAGCGUGACCACUGUGUUCCUAAGAAAACAGAGUUUCUGUCCUACCAUGAGCCUCUGGGUAUCGGCUUAACAGUUGCCUGCUUGCUGGGCACAUUUAUGUGUGCUGUUGUCCUGGGCAUCUUUAUUUAUCAUCGUAACACACCCAUAGUGAGUCAUGCUGCCACAUGUUCCUGUCUGAGUGAUCGGCAGAAGUUUCCAUCCUUCUUUCGGACGAUCCCAAGUGAUGCUUUCCAGGUGGUGAGGCAGAAUGUGAUAGGUCUGCAGUGGAUGGCCAGUGAAGCCUGGACAGCUGCUACUGUCCUCCAGACCCCUGUGUUCAUGCCGUACCUGGCUGGCACACUUGGCAUUGCCAUCCAUCGAGGAGAAAUUCCAGGCUUCAGGGAAUUCCUCCUACAAACACGUCCUGACUUACACCAUAACAGUAGCUAUGGAAAUAGCAUAGUAAACCAAUUUUGGGAAUUCACAUUUCAAUGUAGAUUUGCACCACCUCCAACAGGUUGGGUAGAGGCUGGGGGACCAUUAUGCACUGGGCAGGAAAAGCUAGAGGAAGUGGAGACUGAGUUGUUGGACAUUUCCAAUCUCAGGCUAGAGUAUAAUGUGUACAAGGCUGUGUAUGCUCUGGCCUACGCCCUUGAUGACAUGCUGCAGUGUGAGCCAGGGAGAGGGCCUUUCAGCGGGCACAGCUGUGGCAAUUUGAAAGAACUGGAGCCAUGGCAGGUGGUGUAUUACUUGGAAAAGGUCAACUUCACAACAACAUUUGGUGAUCAAGUGUCAUUUGAUGAGAAUGGUGAUGCCUUACCAAUCUACAAUAUCAUGAACUGGCUGUGGCUCCCUGACGGAAAAACUAAAGUUCAGAAUGUGGGUGAGUUCAAGAGGUCAGCCUCCAGAGGUGCAGAACUCACAAUUGAUGAAGAAAAAAUCUUCUGGAACUUUGAAUCAAAAAAGCCACCCCGCUCAGUGUGCAGUGAGAGCUGUCCUCCAGGUACCCGCAUGGCCAGAAAGAAAGGGGAACCUGUGUGCUGUUUUGACUGCAUUCCUUGUUCUGAGGGAAAGAUCAGCAAUAAAACUGACUCCAUGGAGUGCACCAGUUGUCCUGAGGAUUUCUGGUCCAGCCCCCAGCGUGACCACUGUGUUCAUAAGAAAACAGAGUUUCUCUCCUACCAUGAGCCUCUGGGUAUUGGCUUGACAGUUGCCUCCUUGCUGGGCACAUGCAUGUGUGCUGUUGUCCUGGGCAUAUUUAUCUGUCAUCGCAGCACACCUAUAGUACGUGCCAACAAUUCAGAGCUGAGUUUCCAGUUACUGUUGUCUCUUAAGUUAUGUUUUCUGUGUUCACUGCUGUUUAUCGGGCGUCCCAGACUGUGGACAUGCCAGCUGAGACAUGCAGCAUUUGGGAUCAGCUUUGUGCUUUGUGUCUCAUGUAUUUUGGUAAAAACCAUGGUGGUUCUGGCUGUGUUCAAGGCCUCCAAGCCAGGAGGGGGAGCUAGCUUGAAGUGGUUUGGUGUUUUGCAGCAGAGAGGAACAGUUAUUAUUCUCACUUUGAUUCAGGCAGCUAUCUGCACUGCAUGGAUUGUAUCUGCCUCCCCAACUCCUUAUAAUAAUACUCAAUACCACAAUGACAAGAUAGUGUAUGAGUGUGCAGUUGGGUCCACAGUUGGUUUUGCAGUGUUACUGGGCUAUAUUGGCUCAUUGGCUUCCCUGAGUUUUCUGAUUGCAUUUAUAUCAAGAAAUCUUCCAGAUAGUUUCAAUGAGGCCAAACUUAUAACCUUUAGCAUGCUGAUUUUCUGUGCUGUGUGGGUGGCCUUUGUCCCUGCUUAUAUCAGCUCACCAGGCAAAUAUGCAGAUGCAGUGGAGGUAUUUGCCAUACUGGCCUCUGCUUUUGGUCUCUUAGUGGCACUUUUUGGACCCAAAUGUUACAUAAUCCUGCUUAGACCAGAGAGGAACACAAAGAAAGCAAUCAUGGGCCGGGAAAUCAGGACCUAG